AUGCACCGUACCGAUUGGGUUGAAUAUUUACCAGCAGGAUUUCUUUCUAUACUGAACACGUUUUUUAUUAAUUCUCUUUGUUUAUUCUUUCUUUCUUUCUUUCUUUCUUUCUUUCUUUCUUUCUUUCUUUCCAAUAAUAUCUGGUUUUUACUUGUGUUUUUUUUAACUCGUUCCUUCUUUCAUUCAGUUUCUUUUUCAUUUAUUUAUUCCUUCUUUCAACUUUUACAAAAAUACUUGUAUCUUUUCUUUUCUUUCCUACUUUUCCCUAAUUCUCGACUCUUUUUUAUUUAUUCUUUUUUCUUUUACUUUCUUUCUUUUAACUUUUCAGUAAUACUUGGCUUUUCUUUCUUUAUUACUCUUUCUUUCUUUUUUUUCUACUAUUCCCUUCUUUCUUUGUUUCUUUCUUUGUUUAUUUCUUUCUACUAUUCCCUUCUUUCUUUCUUUCUUUCUUUCUUUCUUUCUUUCUACUAUUCCCUUAUUUCUCUCUUUCUUUCUUUCUUUCUUUCUUUCUUUCUUUCUACUAUUCCUUCCUUUCUUUCUUUCUUUCUUUCUACUAUUCCUUACUUUGUUUCUUUCUUUCUUUAUUUCUUUCUACUAUUCCCUUCUUUCUUUCUUUCUUUCUUUCUUUCUUUCUUUCUUUCUACUAUUCCCUUAUUUCUCUCUUUCUUUCUUUCUUUCUUUCUUUCUUUCUUUCUACUAUUCCUUCCUUUUCUUUCUUUCUUUCUUUCUACUAUUCCUUACUUUGUUUCUUUUCUUUCUUUAUUUCUUUCUACUUAUUCCCUUCUUUCUUUUUCUUUCUUUCUUUCUUUCUUUCUUUCUUUCUUUCUACUAUUCCCUUAUUUCUCUCUUUCUUUCUUUCUUUCUUUCUACUAUUCCUUUCUUUGUUUCUUUGUUUCUUUAUUUCUUUCUGCUAUUCCCUUCUUUCUUUCUAUCUUUCUUUCUUUCUUUCUUUCUUUCUUUCUUUCUUUCUACUAUUCCCUUAUUUCUCUCUUUCUUUCUUUCUUUCUUUCUUUCUUUCUUUCUUUCUUUCUUUCUUCCUUUCUACUAUUCCUUUCUUUCUUUCUUUCUUUCUUUCUUUCCUUCUUUCUUUCUUUCUUUCUUUCUUUCUUUCUACUAUUCCUUUCUUUGUUUCUUUGUUUCUUUAUUUCUUUCUACUAUUCCCUUCUUUCUUUCUUUCUUUCUUUCUUUCUUUCUUUCUACUAUUCCCUUAUUUCUCUCUUUCUUUCUUUCUUUCUUUCUUUCCUUCUUUCUUUCUUUCUUUCUACUAUUCCUUUCUUUGUUUCUUUGUUUCUUUAUUUCUUUCUACUAUUCCCUUCUUUCUUUCUUUCUUUCUUUCUUUCUACUAUUCCCUUAUUUCUCUCUUUCUUUCUUUCUUUCUUUCUUUAUUUCUUUCUUUCUUUCUUUCUUUCUACUAUUCCUUUCUUUGUUUCUUUGUUUCUUUAUUUCUUUCUACUAUUCCCUUCUUUCUUUCUUUCUUUCUUUCUACUAUUCCCUUAUUUCUCUCUUUCUUUCUUUCUUUCUUUCUUUCUUUCUUUCUUUCUUUCUUUCUUUCUUUUUCUACUAUUCCUUUCUUUCUUUCUUUCUUUUUUCUUUCUUUCUUUCUACUAUUCCCUUCUUUCUUUCCUUUCUUUCUUUCUUUCUUUCUUUCUUUCUUUCUACUAUUCCUUUCUUUCUUUCUUUUUUCUUUCUUUCUUUCUACUAUUCCCUUCUUUCUUUCUUUCUUUCUACUAUUCCUUUCUUUCUUUCUUUUUUCUUUCUUUCUUUCUACUAUUCCCUUCUUUCUUUCUUUCUUUCUUUCUUUCUUUACUAUUUCACUAA